AUGCAGACUCAAUGAAUACGGGAGCUUGGGAGCAGCUGGGGGAAACUUCCCUUAGCCUCCCUCUCACCUCCCUUGACUUGAAUGGAGUUUUGAGUAGUCUUUUCUGCUCUCCUCAGCUGUGCUGGACAAAGCCGGAAGCUGAAUCCACAACUGGUGACACUGACGCAAUAGUGAUAGACUUGAGAGGAAGAUUUUCAGGGGGCAGAAUGGACACAUUCAGGCAAAGAAAGUGAAAUUGUCCAGACUUCUGACAGACCACAUCACGCACCUGGGGUGCCGCCCCUGCAUAACUGGUUCCUAUCCCACCCUCAGUGCCUCAGGCACCACUAGUUCCUCCUCCUACCCUCCUGUCCGGGAGCAAAGAGCACCCCCUUGGGCCCCCGCACUUCAUAUUCCCCACCAGCAUUCCAGCUGAAAUCAGCCACGCUUUGUCAAACUGAGAGAGGCACACGCAUUCAGAACCUUCACUGGCUCCGGUUUCCAGCCUCCGGGGGCUCCAUGCCAGACAGACUGAGCAUGCGGGCCACACUUGCCAUGACAGCCUGGAUGGUUUCCUUAGUUUCCAGCUAUGAAAACACAGCAAUUAGUUUGCCAGGUAUCGAAAAUGAAGAUUUCAUCAAAGACUGUGUUCGAUUUCAUAACAAGUUCCGAUCAGAAGUGAAUCCAACAGCCAGUGAUAUGCUAUACAUGACUUGGGACCCAGCACUAGCGCGAGUUGCACAAACAUGGGCAAGAAACUGUCAGUUUGUACACAACGUUCAGCUGCAUUCAAGCUACAAGCUGCAUCCAAAUUUCUCCUCUCUGGGAGAAAACAUCUGGGCUGGGUCUCUCUCCCUGUUUUCUGCAUCUUCAGCCAUCACAAACUGGUACAAUGAAGUUCAAUACUACGACUUCAGGACUCAGAAAUGCACCAAAGUCUGUGGCCAUUACACUCAGGUUGUUUGGGCGGCUAGUUACAAAGUGGGCUGUGCAGUACAGUAUUGUCCCAGCGUUCAUGGCACCGGUAUUUCCCACGGAGCGCUUUUCAUAUGCAACUACGGACCAGGGCAAUACAGAAGUUGGCCAUACAGAGAAGGGUCCACCUGCAGUGCCUGCCCCAAUGAUGACAAGUGUUUGGAUAAUCUCUGCAUUAACCCACAACGAGACAAAGUCACACGUUACUACUCUAUUGUGUAUCCUGACUGGCCAGUAUCUGUGCGCAACAGGAACUUAUCUCUCUUUCUCAUUGUUAGUCCACCAAUCCUAAUACUGGGUGUCAUAAUGACCAUUUGGGUCAAGCACAGAUACCCUCAGUUCUUUUGAACUAAAUCCAGAAAAAAACCGCAACUCAUUCAUGUAUGGCUUUAAAAAAAUAACGGUUGUAUUUAUUUCUUAUUUUAAAAUAUUUCAGGAAUAAAUGUUGCAAUAAACCCUUCAUCAAAAGAAAAAGUCUCAACUUCCUAACUCUAGAAUAAACUCAUUUUUACUUCCCACUUUUCUGUGAAUAAGAAUUGUUUUCAGGCUGCCACAGCUGUGACUUUCAGUAAGUAACUCAGCCCAUGUGUGUCUCAGCUUCUAAAACUACAAAAUGAAUGUGCUAGAUUUAGGUGAUUCUAAACGACUGCACUGGCCCUCAUUAGUAAAAACAUUUCUACAUAACUUGCUGCAUGCUGCUUCCAUGCUAAACAUCUGGUUUUCCCCACUCUCUUGCAAUUUGAGGUCUUUGGUUUCCCAUUUUCCCAGACUCAAAAGAGUAAUUAAGGGAUUUAAGAGGCUUUUGCUUUUGCUUUUUGCUUAUGGGUUGUUUAAUCUUAAACAUAAUAUAAAGAUUAUAAAAAGAAACCUAAUGUUUACUCAUUAUCAUUAGAGACAGCACUGCAAAAUCUGUAUUUAUUUUCCUCAAAACCAAGUUGUGGGACAUGAUUAUAUGUAAAGACUAAACAGUGGCAGCAAAUACUGGAUUUGAUGGAUAAUUACAAUAGCCACAUUCUAAAAAGAUCGUUAUAUAAACAACCUAAAAAAUUACACCUAAUAUGCUUAGGCAAAACAUGCCACAACAGAAAAGGUGCAUGGUAUACAAGGACAUACAUACCACUCUGCAGCAUUAAAAUUAAAAACUCACACACAGAGAAUACAAUAAUUUAUAUUUAUAAAGAAACAGCUGUUUAUAUAAACACUGAUUUGAAGAAUGACACAAACUAGAAAAAUGUGAUCAGGGUAUUCUUCUCACACAUAAGGCUACGAACAUCCUAGUAUCUCAAAAUCCUUUACAAAAGGAGAUAGCUUAAUGAGUUCUAGUUCAGGGGGUUUAUUUAGUGUUACUUUUUCUUCUUCUUUUUUUCAUCUGUUUCCAUUUUAAGCUUAACUUCUUCAGCUGAAAGAGCUCCCAGUUUCUUAUUCUUUGCUUUCUUAACCUUUUCCUUGAUGGCGGCCACAUCAAUUUUAUUUUCGGUAGAAGCUAGACAAAUUAAAAACAACAUAUGUAAUUCUUUAUGCUUUACCAAAUAAAACAUAAAGAAUAUGUAUUUGGUACAGUAACUUCAGAGUACUGUAAUAAGUGAAAGGUCAUGUUGUAAAAUAUAAAGCACCUGCCUAAAGGAAUGUUAGACAUUUAAGAGAAAAAAAAUCAUAAAUUACUUUAUAAGUACAUUAAUGAAGGUACACAUGAAAAUGGCAUUAUAGUUUAGCUAUCUGAACAAAUCACUGAAUUCAACAAUAUUAAAACUUCAUUCUUACCCCUAAAUUGUACUUGAGAUUGGAUUAUUUUUACUUACAUUCUUUCCCAUAUUUUGAAACUUUAGAGUACUCAUUAAUAUGCCAAUUUCCAAUUCUGCACACUAAAAUACUUUGAAAUUACAUUUCAAGAAGAAUAUUACCACGUAGCCCUUCCAGCUUGAAUAAUUUUAAUUAACUAAUCAUGAAGCUUUAGGUCAAAUCUGCUUCAUCUAAUACCACACAUAAAAACUCAAAAAUAAAGUUUUCCAAAUAUUAGUUCAAUGAAUGACUAAUAGUAUUUCAUUUAACAAGAUUUUGGUAAUAAAGACAAUAAUCUGAGCAUAUUUGGAGAUCCUCCUAACAGAAUCCAACCAUCAAUGCCAAAAGCCUGAACAACAAAGACAAAGGAGGAGACAAAAAUGCAACUUUUCCUCACCAUGUGAAGGACAGUGUUCAGAGCAUAAGAGAAUCACCAGCUAAAAUAUCAUCAAACUUCCCAGCAACUUGAGGAGCAGAGACUUAAAGCCUCCACUACAGUGAAACAGCUACAUUUUAAAUCAUCAUAAACUGAGAUUAAACUGGCUACUGAACAACGUCCUAAGCAGAAAACUCACAGGCUGAACAAAUUGCAAAUUCUAAUGCUUAUGACAUUUUUAACUUUUAUAUAACCAGUGACGUACAUAGAAGAAUACAGUACUUUUAACGCUAUUAACACUGAUGUAAUACAGGAAACUAAAAUAGUAACGUCAUGUCUGGUCUUGACCAAUAGGUCAUGUACAACGAUGCCAGUGACUUCCCUCCCCUCACUGUGCCACUGGCUACUUUGGAAAAUUACUUAGGGAAGAGUACAGGUGUUACUAGUGGGAACAAGAACACAGAAGAGGGCAGGAUGGAUCAAAUGAAACUAGGAAUGGAGAAGAGAAGACAGAACACUGUUUUCACGAACUGUCCUUUUAACAGCCCCUAAGACCUUCCGACUACUUUGAUGGUGUCCUUUAGCCCAAGGUGAUCAGAAAUCCAUCGUUACAGGAAUCAAACUUUAAGCCACAGAUCACAUAAGAGAAGAAAAGCGUAACUUCUGAUAAGCUCUUUCUGAGAGGCAUGAUAAUAGAGCUAGGGGACCUCAUUGCUUUCGUUACUUUGAUCUCUACAGAGGAUUCACUGCCCUGGUUUAGAGCUUUCACAAUGAAGAGUCCUUCUCCAGCACAAUCAGAGGUUAGGAGAGGACUGUCAAUCUGGAGACUCUGAAAUAGGCAUCAGCUGCUAAUAAAUUAUAAAACACUUCUGUGGUCUCCUGUCCCUAGGAUUAAUGAUUAAUGAAGCAGCAAGAGAACUGAUGAAAGAUGGUUAUUUCUUUAGUUAACAUUCAAAGAGAUUCAGACAAAUUCAUAUGGGUUUACUUCUCAAAAACAGACUUUCAUAUCACAUCAAGAAUUGGAAAACGAGCACUUACCUUCCUUCGGUUUCACAACUGGUUUUUCUUUAGGUGGAAUAAAAGCUUUGUUUCUUU